AGAGAGAAAAACUGGGAUAAGGAGAGGAUUUGAUCCACAGAUCAACUCCGAGUCCGAUUCAGGAUAAGUUGUUUCUAGAUAUUUAUUGAGCUCGCUUUCUUCCAGGCUUCUAUCAGGUCCGAUAAGUUGAAUCAGUUGUUCAUCUUCAAGCUUUAGUCCUUUCCGAGAAAAUUUUACCCCACUUUAAAGUUGGAAAAAUGUCCAACAUUCUGCACGUAUUUGAGCUAAAAUCAGUCUUAUUGCAUCCCUGGUCCGCUCUCGCCUCACUUCUUCUCCUCAUAUUCGUUACAAAAUGGUGCUUCUUCACCUACACAACAAGAAACAAACACUUCCCACCUUCACCGUCAAAGCUUCCAGUUAUAGGCAAUCUCCACCAGAUAGGUUUGCUUCCUCACCGCUCUCUCCAUUCCAUGGCUCAACGCUAUGGCCCCAUCAUGCUUUUGCGCCUCGGCAAGGUCCCAACCCUCGUGGUUUCCUCCGCGGACGUGGCUAGAGAGAUCAUGAAAACUCAUGAUAUCAUCUUUUCUAAUAGACCCGAUUCCAAAAUACCUAAAAGACUUUUGUAUGAUUACAAGGACUUGUCGUUGGCCCCCUACGGCGAGUACUGGAGGCAAAUGAGGGGCAUAUGUAUGUUGCAGCUUCUUAGUAUGAAAAGGGUUCAGUCCUUUCGGGUCAUCAGAGAAGAGGAGACUCAUCUAAUGUUAAAGAAAAUCGAAGAGUCUUGUGAAUGUUCUUCUCUAAUUGAUUUAAGUGAAGUGAUUGCUUCACUGACUAACGAUAUUGUAUGCAGGGUUGCUUUUGGCAGGAAAUAUAGUGAAGGGGAAUGUGGGAAGAAGUUUAAGAAGCUUUUGGAGGAGUUUGGCGAAUUAUUGGGUGUUUUUAACGUGGGAGAUUUUAUUCCAUGGCUUGGUUGGCUAAAUUAUGUGACUGGUUUGAAGGUAAGAGUGGAGAAAGUUUUUAGGGAAUUUGAUGAUUUUCUAGAUGGAAUCGUGGAGGAGCAUAUGGAGAAAAAAGUAGGUACGAUAGAAGAUCAAAAGAAUUUUGUUGAUGUUCUGCUCGAAAUUCAGAAAGACAGCAAAAAUGGUGAUUCAGUGGGUAGAGAUGGUAUAAAAGCUAUAAUUCUGGAUAUGUUUGCUGCUGGAACUGAUACCACAUAUACUGGCUUGGAGUGGGCAAUGACAGAGAUACUAAGGCACAAGGAAGUCAUGAAGCAAGUGCAAAAUGAAAUAAGAAAAAUUAUUGGAAGCAAACCCAACAUAAGUGAGGUUGACCUGGAGAAAAUGCACUACCUCAAAGCAGUGAUCAAGGAAUCUUUUCGAUUACAUCCCCCUGUCCCAUUAUUAAUUCCACGAGAAUCAACUGAGGAUGUCAAAGUUCAAGGCUAUGACAUAUUAGCCAAAACAAGAGUAAUUAUCAAUGCUUGGGCAAUAGGAAGGGAUCCAAAGUACUGGGAAGAACCCCAAGAAUUCAGACCAGAGAGGUUCCUCAGUUCUUCCAUAGAUUUUAAAGGACAAGACUUUCAGUUAAUUCCAUUUGGUGCCGGUAGAAGGGGCUGUCCUGGAACUUCAUUUGCUAAUGCCACAAUUGAGCUAGCAUUAGCGAGUCUUUUGCACAAGUUUGAGUGGGCAGUGCCCAGUGAAGGAAGAGGAACGAUCUUGAAUGUAACAGAAUCUCCUGGAAUUACAGUUCACAGAAAAUUUCCUCUAGUUGUUGUUGCAACUCCUCGCUCUCUUUAGAGUGAGCGAAAAGAUAGACAGAGGAAUGCAAUUGUUCACCAAAUUGAAGUUAAUUGUGUGUUUGUAUUCUAAUACCUUCUUGUGUAAUAGUCAAUAAAAAUAAUUCUGUAUAUGAUUGAAUGUCUCCCAAUCUCCAGCAUUAAACAGUAACGCACACUC